UCUUUGGAAAAAUGAACUUAUAAUGACGUAUUCCGAGGAAAGUAUCGCGGCUACCUACAAAUCGGGGAGUGGUGGAGGUGAAGACUGCCUGCGUGUUAUCAUUCAGGCGGGGACGGUCACCACCAAAGACAUGGAAAUGGCUCGGGGAAAUAUGAGAGGAUAUCUGAUCGAUAUCACCAUGGAUUCUUUUCACUCAAAUGUCCACUGAUGUUCGACCAGAAAUGGGAAUCCCGAACAAACACCGGAGAGCCAAGAGCAAAGCCGAAAAAAGCCAAGCAAUUUGAACAUCGCCGCCCAAUUCUGUUCCCCUCCCGUCGUCGUCCCGCUCCGAAGUACACUACACUAAAACCAAGUGGAGUUUCGGCCAAUCUAGCGGCGGAUAGUUCCUUCAACCCGAACGGCGCCGGCCCGCGGUUCUCGUCUCGAACGGAGACCACCCGGUCGGCAGUUGCAUUUCGCGAUGAGGGUCCCGAUACAUGAUGACACCAACAAUUUCGAUCGGUGAUGUGCACGGUUCGAUGGGACAAAUAUUCCCUACAAUUAUCCGAAACGAACGCAUCUUCCUCUUUUGCGGCGAGUUCCAUCCCUGGCGGCUACCUCUACCCAGUCCAGGAAUACGGUUCGACGUCUUCCAAAGAUCAAGGCCAUGGGCUUCAACGCCGUGUUUUUCUUAUAUAUAUUAGGGAUUACUUGACGGAGUUUUUGCCCUAGACGAGUUCUUUUCGCCCAGCACCCGAAGCCGACAUCUACCUUACCGCAAGACCGGAUCCGUACAUCAACGCCGAGGUAGCAGCCGGAGGACUUCCGGAGUGGACCCUUCGGGUCAAAGACCCUCUCCGCGAAAACGGUACGGAAUGGCUCUGUUCCAUCGAAUCCUACCUCUACACGCGCGAAAAGUAGGAAAAAGAUUAGCUGACUCUCAAACCACCAACGGCGGACCGGUGGUGUUGGUGCAAGUCGAAAACAGAUAUGUAACAUAGAGGUAUAAUCGGAAGUCAAUGACACCAAUGAACUUCCCCGCCUAUCUCAACUGCGGCAGCAUACUUCGACCCAACUCCUCCUCCGCGAAACCGGCAUCGUCGUGCUCUUGAUACACAACGACCUCGGACCACCUAGCCCAAGACAACUGGACCCCUGGCUUGGCUCCGGACUGGGCUCCAUCGACCUCUACGCCAACGACGCCUGCCCCCUGUUCCACGACGGCGGGCACCCCAAUCCACGUCGCAGCAAUGAAACGACGAUCCACGCAAAUGGGUCUAAGGGUCUGGCGCGCCUUGCAACGACACAGUGUGGAAGCGUCACGAUGGAGUUUAGUGCGAUGAGUUGGCCGGAUCCAACGACGUGGUGUUCGGCAGCUGAGGAUUGAUACGACAGAUGGAUAAAAGCAAAAGUUCUCGGAGACCAUAACUCAUCACUUGGUUCAACUUCCAGGUUGUAUCAUCACCACAAAGAGCACCGUCAUCAUGUCCUCCUCAACCACCAACGGCUCCAGCAGCCAUGCCAUCACCACCACCACCAACACCAGCGAUAUGGAGAUUCCCACCAUAUUCGGCCUUCCCUGGGUAACCCCAACUUUCGACCCUUCCGUCACAGAUAUUGUGCCCACCAUGCAUACCUCUUCCUACCCGGCCAUUAACCCAGCCCUUAACCCCCUUCUCUCCCAAGCCGGGAAGACAGUUCUCAUCACCGGCGCCACGGCCGGCAUCGGCUUCGCAAUGGCCAAGUCGUUUGUCACUGCUUCCGCUUCCAAGGUCAUCAUCACGGGUCGAAGGCAGGAAAGACUCGACGAAGCCGUUGGUCUUCUCCGCCAGCACGCCAAGGAGCUCGGAAAGCAGACGGAAGUAGUCAGCGAGAAGUCCGAUGCGGCGAACAUGGAGGAGAUUGACGUCUUGUGGAAAAAGUUGGGAGAGGAAGGAGAGGUGGUGGAUGUGCUUAUCUUGAAUGCGGUUGGGGAGAUGGCGGCCGGGGGCCUGUGUGAGGACGGGGGCAGGACGACAGUUGAGAUUUGGGCCAAACUCGAAGCGAACCUCAGGGGACCGAUGAGAUAUACCGAGCUUUUUAUGAAGCAGGGGAAGGAAAGGCAGAAGUUCCUCAUCAACAUUUCCACUGCCUCUGCCCACAUAAGCUUUCCCGAGUACUCGCCCGCUCUCUCCUCCAGCCCAGAGUACGGCUUCACCAAGGCCACUGCUGGCCUCUUCUUUAGGUACAUUGCUCAACGGUCAGACCCGGAGAAGAUGCAGGUGGUGAGCAUUCAUCCGGGAACAAUCUACUCGGAGUUGUGGCAGGGGCUCGGCGUGGAAAAGAGUGUCCUACCGUUUGAUGAUAUCUCGCUGCCAGCUGACUUUGCUGUCUGGGCAACCACCAAGGAGGCGAGAUUCAUCCAUGGCCGCUUUGUUUGGGCUAACUGGGAUGUAGAAGAGUUGAAGGCCAAAUAUGCGGAGCGAUUCAAGGAGGAUGCUGAACUGUUCAGGUUUGGCGUGUGUGGUUUGGCUGGGAGUAAGCUCCAUGUCAUUCAAUGAUCGCGUUGACUGGAGGUAGACCGGGCAACCAUGGAAGUGUUACCGAGGGGCAUCAGGACCUCGGCACACCUUGGAACACUCACCAUUGUACACUGCAAGACUCUCGAACUAAGAGUCAGACAACUUUUGCACGAUAG